CAUGGGCGGUUCGGCUGAAACGGGCAGUAGCGGCUGGUGAAUUCUUGUUUGCGAGCCUGAUUUUGGCAAUUUUCCUUGACGAACUCUUAUUCGAGGACUGUGAAUAAUGGUAUGGCAAUGCGAAUAGAUUGUCCAUUGCGACGUAGCCACCGUGUGGCACAGGCAGGACCUGUGCUGCCAAUGGCCAUGCAGGACCGUGUGUCACCAGCAACAGACGAUAGAGUACACUGCUGUGGUCGGCGGUUUUGGUUUGUGCGGGACAUCUGUGGCAUCAUCUGUGCUGUCAUGACAUGGCUGUUGGUGCUGUAUGCCCAGUAUGUGGUGGUAGGCGUUAUACUCUUGCCAUCACUCUACACCUACUAUGGUGCCUUUCACUUACUGCUCUUUGAGCUGCUGGCCUUUCUGGCUGUCUUCUCGCACGUACGCACCAUGGUGACAGACCCAGGUGCAGUGCCUCGGGGCACAGCCACGCGUGAGGCUGUGGAGCAACUUGGCCUGAGGGAGGGUCGGCUAGUUUACAAGUGUCCCAAGUGCAGCUGCCUCAAGCCCGAGCGGGCUCACCAUUGCAGUGUGUGCCAGCGGUGCAUCCGCAAGAUGGACCAUCACUGCCCUUGGGUCAACAACUGCAUUGGCGAGAACAACCAGAAGUUCUUCGUCCUCUUCACUUUGUACAUAGCAGUGAUCUCCUGCCAUGCAUUUUUCCUGGCGGUCAACCAUUUUGUUGGGUGCAUCAACAGCGAAUGGAGCACCCGUGGGAUUCCUCAUGCUUCAACAGGAUGCUCAGCUGGCUCCCCAGCGGUCACGGUCAUCCUGCUCAUCUUGCUCAUCUUCGAGGCACUGCUGUUUGCGAUUUUCACCCUGGUCAUGUUUGCCUCCCAGCUGCAAGCCAUCUGGAAUGAUGAGACGGGCAUAGAGCAGCUGAAGAAGGAAGUGGCCAGAUGGCAGAAACGCUCUCCGUGGCGGAGCAUGCGGGCUGUCUUUGGGCGCUUCUCUCUUUCCUGGUUCUCUCCCUUCACAUCUGCUGGAGACGCACCUCUGCUCCCAGGUUACCUGUAUGCUGUAUAGCACCAUUGCCAGAAGUGACGUGAAUGCAAACGUGGUGAACAUCGCACACCUUCCUUAUGAACCCAGUGCUGCUAUUCAAGAUUAGGUCAUACCUGGUGUCUUGCAAGACAUGCAUCUAAGUCCUUUUGUGGAAGAAACUUGAUGCAGGACAACCAUCCAUUCCUUGUGAAAGCACGUUAAUCCACUGAGAAACAAAAAUGUUGUGCGGGGACAUACUGGGAGCCACACCAGGUGCCACUCAUAGGAGGCAUUUUUACAGUGGCGCACCAUGAUGAGUCGGCUUGCCUUUUCGCUUGCCUGAGUGGUUGAAAUACUUGUGGUUAUGUGGAAGCUGAAGGAAGCCGGAAUACAAGUGUGCAUUUUAAGGUGAAUGAGAAGUGGCAGAAACGGUGUUUAUGUGCCCCCAACUAAUGUUGUACACUAUUGGAGGUUUGUGUAUGUGUAGAAUUGUACAUGAACUGCUGGACUUGUAAGCUGUGAAACAGUAACACACUUGGUGUCAGUCGAUGUUAGUCUUUUUACUACAAGAUGUUUUAUGAUACCAUCUGAUCGUCUGCUUCUUCCUUUAAGCCUGGGGCGGUAUUCUCAGAGAUCACUUUCGGGGAUACUGUCACUUUCGUGAGGUGUUGCACUGGACUCCAAGAAUGGUGUUGUCUUUAUACACUGGCAUACCUGGUGGUAGUCGCACAAAAUCUUAUGAAAGUGAAAGCAUCUCCACAAAUGAUCUCUGAGAAUACCGCCCCUGAACAGCUUAGAUUUUUAAGCGGUAGGUCUUAAAGUAAACUAAAGGCUGCAGUAGAAAUCUUGUGAGAUUUAAGAACAAAUAUUGUAGCAGUUUGAUAGUACUCAUAGUAUUGACUUAAGAUUGCCUUUUUGAAAACUGAGCUGCUACUAAAUAGAAGAGCUUUUUUUCAUAUCCUUUGUGUUCCACAUUUCAAAAAGUCAGAAUUAUUCAUGAAGUUCGUUUACAGAAGCCUGCUUUAUAAAAAGCAGAAAUCAUGUAGAGUGAUUUGAAAUAUUCAUGGUGAUAUAGUUGUGGUGUAAAAAUGAAGUGAAUACAAGGAGCAUACCUGAAUGUGGCUUAGGAACUUGAUGUUUUAAACUUGUUUAUAGACAACCAUUGAUAUCUGUUCACUUGCUCGUGUUACCUUGUGCUGUGUUGAAUGUCUGUAUGAUAUUGUUUAUAUGGACUAAUGCCACGAUGGAGCACUUUUGCCAGGCUAAAGUAGUAGCAGCAUAAAAACGCACAAAGUGUCUUUGGAGGUCUGCUUUUUAACUGAUAAAAGUGCAAAUUAUUGAAAGCUAUUUUAUGUGAAUGCAAAGAAAUGUAUAUGACCCAAGGAUUCUUAAGGUAGUAGAACCUAUAUUUUGUAAACCUGUGCAUAUGUAAUAAUGCUCUUUAUUUGCAUAUUGGCACAGUGUCAGAAUGCAUGAAAUCACGAAUGAAGUAGCAUGCUUUCCAUGCCACUUGUACAGCAAAAUUGAUAGUUUGCCAUGGGUACGACGUUACCAUUUGAAUGUUGUGUAAUGUGUGUACUUGCUCUGCACAUUUACUGCGAAAAUUUUUCAGCAUCAUUGUACUUGAACACACUGUCUGUGCAUGUUGUUUAAAAAGUGCAUUAUUUAUUGUUCAAAUCUGGUCAUCAUAUACAUAUGCAAUACUAUCAGGGCGCUAAACUCUCUUGGCUGUCAAGGUGAAAAUUUUUUUUUUUUGCUUGUGUAGGCAUCAGAAGACACAUGCCGCCAUUCUGUGAUGGCAUUUGCAUGCACUUCUUCAACGACCUGUUAAACAUGCUUGCGAAUGUUUCUUUUAAAGCAAUUUAUAAAUUGCCUUAAGUUGUGUGGAACAUUUUUGUGCAUGCUUGGAAAAAAAAAUGCCGCUUAGGUAGGGAUAAAUGUUGUCUGAUCCAAACCCUAACCAUAGUGCUUUGUUGUAUUGACAUGUUGCUAGCAUAUCUAGCCCCUGUUGGGAGUUAUAGUCAUAUUAAAUAUACAAGACUGUGCUAGUUGCUGAAGACCAACAGAGGGGACAAACUUGAGAAUAGGUAUUUUUUUGUUUUUUGUUUGCUGAGAAGCAUUUCCAUGUCACUGCUUGACAUUGUUAGCUUGCUUGUAUGGUUUUUUCUUGUAGCCGUUUUUGCUCCUUUCGCAUCCUUUAGACUUGUGAUCCUCUGAUUGGUCUUGAAUGGUCACUGUACUUUUAUAAAUUGUUUUGCCUACAUGAUUACAGUCUCUAAGGAACAUUGUUUUUGUUGCGAUAGCAAUUAUAUAGACACUCCAGGCACAUUUCUGCCACUGGCAUCACCGUAAAGGUGAUAAAAUCGUCACUGCACACCAUAUGCUGUAUGUGUGAGUGAAAGCGUGCAAGGGUGAGCCUGCAAUCGCGGCUCAAUCUGGUGCGUGCGCAGGAAGAAAGCGGGGGGCAAAUGUGCUGUCUUCCGUUGCGCAGAAGGUCGUAGGGGAUGGGAGGGGCGCGGCGGCGUUUUGCUCCGGCAGCAACUGUGCAUUUCGCAACCGGGUGCAAGGGGAACUGACGAUGGCAGCUCAAUCUCGUGCGCCAUAUGUAGAGGAAAGUGGGCAGGCAGCACGGGAGAGAAGCGAGCGGCUUCAACACCGCCAACAAAUGCAUACUUCGCACGACCACACAUACUCUAUCUUGAAUCUUGAAAGUCGUGCGUGCCGUAUCAUGAAAGAGAUCUGCAGAUGGCGCAUACCAUUGCGCGUGCUGUUUUCUCACUGCUCUUGCGUUGAAGCGAUAGACUGCAUGAAGUUCACUUCGCUCGCUGCUGCUGCCGUGCUUGCUCACACCAGCGUUUUGACAGCGAGUGUGCAUGCUCAUCUAGUGAUGUGUUCAUGUUUGCUUCUGUGCGCUGAAACCAUCUUUGUUAAUUUAGUUAGUAAGUGAAUGUUUCGAAGUUUAUACGGCUGGUAAAACUAUCAUCCUUACUUCGUACAGCUGUCUAUACUAAUUUGCUAUCGCAAUCGUUGCUUUGCUUUUCUGCCGGAACUGCUAAUAUUUUAUUGUAAAAGUGUCAUGAUUUUAUUGGGUGUCUUUUCAGUUGGCAGGAAGGCAUUGCUUGAAACUGGUAUGUGCUGUUUACAUGCUCUUAGCUAAUUUAACUGCACUGCAUACCUUCUGAUCUUUGGUUGUAAUCCCAUAUACUAAUGAGCUACCUUCCCCUCUCAUAUGAAUUUCUAUGUGGCCUGAAAGUGCUGUUGUUUUUGUUGCUUAUGGUGGUGCUGCUCCUGACACUUCAAAAACAAACAGAUGUGCUUUUGUGCGUAAAAAUGAAAUUCAACACUCUAGGACAGAGACAGGGGAGGGGGGUGACUUCCUUUUGAAUAGUCAUGCACUUACUGCUUCCGGGCCAUGGUCACAUAAUCCUGAUGUGACAUGACUAAAACUAACAUGACAAAAAAUAAUGGAUGGCACUCAAGUGCUUCUUUAAACGCUUUCCACCAGGUUUUACAAGCCCUGUGCGUAGAUCAUGCAGUGACAUGUCUGCAAAAUAUGACACCUAUGUACACCAUGAAAACAGUUGAAGAAACAGAAGCUUGUAUGCCCUUAUUCUCGUAGUAGCCGGUCUCCUAGGCAGUAAGAGUUGAUCAUCAGAUCAACUGCCUUGUCUACUAAGUCACAGAAUCCUGCCUGCCUGUAGCACCACAUAGUUAGCAGCAAUGCAAUACUCUAGCCACUGUGGCGAAAUCAGUGCUGGAAAUGCACUACUUAACCCCCCCCCCCCCAAAAAAAAAACAAAAACAAAAAAAAAAAAACACCAGUGUAAUUGAAAAAAAUAAAAUAAAAAUAAAAGAAGGCUUGCCUUGUCGCACAUAAUGUGGGCUUUCAGUUCCGUCGUAGGAGAAUGCAAGGGAAAACUAUUGGUUGUGGAUGCAGGUCACGGCAAUAGGAGAGAGCCUGUACUGUAGGUAGGGUAGUUUACUUCCUCACACCAUGGCAUCACAAGAUUUCCUUUGCUUCUGUCUCCACUACUACUAAAGCCUUUUUUUUUUUAAUUCUUGCAGUAGAACGUUUUUUAGGGCAGGUUUGUAGAAGUUUCAGUGUGUAAGCACAAUUUCUGAUGGGGCCUUGUGAGGGGCCAUUUAAGGGUAGAUGCUCCUCGAAAAAUUUUUUUUAUUACUUGUACUAGAGGUUUCAAAAUUCAACCAAUUAUAGAAUUUUUCAUGCAGAUUUCAAAUAUGUCAUUACUUUUUGUGUAGCUGUUAAAGUUUUUCAGUUAUGUGAUGCACAAUGACAAAAUAUAGUCAUCUUUGUGGGCACAUUCCUACAUGCUAAAUUUUCACAAAAAGCAUCACGCUACAGCUUGUUUAGCUCUUUGUAGAUCACAAAGUGCCGGUAUCUAGCCAAACAACAUGUACAAUUACUGGAACUAUGCAAAAAUAUUAGAGCAUUUAAACUAUUUUUUUCUCGAUUCCCUGGAAUGUAACCUUGUACUUUUGCAGCUACUGCUGGGAGAUAUUGAAAUUUAAAUUAUGUAUCAGCACUGUACAUAUCUUCAAGAGUAUAUAUGCCAAAUUUUGCAGUAUAAGACAAUUACAGAUGUACAAGUUUAUUUUCAUGUGAUCGUGAAAAAAAUUAGUUGAAGUGUCCUAAUUUUUUUUUCAUAGUUGCAGUAUUUGUAGAUGCUGUUUGAAUAGAUAUUGGCACUUAGCAGUCUAUGAAGAGCUAAAUAAGCUACAGCACAAAUCUUUUUGUGAAAAUUUAUUACACAAUAAAGUGCCCACAAAAUCGCUCUAUUUUGCCAUUGUGUAGGACAGAACUCAAGAACUAUAGUGGCUACACAGAAACUAAUGACAUAUUUGAAAUUUGCUUGUAAUGCUUUAUAAGUGCGCGGAUUUUCAAAUCUCUAGUACAAAUAUUUUAACAAUGUUUUUUUUUUGACCUCCCCUUAUGUAGUUCUCUGUGUGAAGUGUCCUGCCUAAGUAACGAAGUCUGAAAUCUUAUGAUUUAUAAAUGGGAGACUUCACUACUCUUCAUGGUCAUUUUUUGAAAGUUUAUGUUAAACUUUCAUUUUCUAUUUUAUUCAGGUAACCGACUGGUAUUUUUUGUUGUUGCUGAAGUAUUGAAAACAAACAUUUUCAGUGAGAAAGAUGCAGAAUUUUAAAUCAAACACAUCAUGGAGCUUUCUGUAGAGGAGCUGUUAUUCAAAAUGAAUUUUCCCAGAGCUUGAGGACAGUUUGCAAAAUGUGGGAAUAGACAGACCUGACUGCAUCUUACAACUGCAAUUUAGGUAAAAGCCAAACACGAACCACCACACAAGUGAAGCUGUUGAAUGUUUUUAGUAUCACAAACGCAAGACAAAUGGUAACAUAAGUGCAGUUAUCAAGUACCAUUGCUUUCGCAAAUGAAAGUAAACACAGUUGAUUGAACUCCUCGUGAUGUUUGGGUCAUAUUUUAUGAUAGUAAUUGUUACUAGAAGUACAGUUUCAGGAUGCAGUACCCAUAAGUAGCCAUGUUAUUUGACCGUAAAAACUAAGGGCACCAUAACAACUUGUAGAUGUGCCACAAGAAAUGGCAUGUUUAAAUGGAAUGUUAAAGUGAACAUUUAUGCUGAAGAAUGUUAAUGAUGUACCCAUUCUUUUAUUUUUUGCUUGGGAAAAAAGUUAAUUUGGAGGCAGGUUCAUGAGGUGUUUAUAAUUAUAAUUUAUUUGUAAAAAAGUGCUCUUAAGCCCGGAAGCCUCAAAUAACACUAGCAUCCUUGUAAAAUGCUAGAAAUUUUUUCGUUAUGCAGCACUCUUGCAUGCUUGCAUCUGGCUAUGUCCUGUUGCAUUAUGCAUUAAAUUAUACAUCAAUAUUGUGUUUCCUUACAGCAGCAGUUCGAAGCUUGGCUCUACUUAGUUGGAGCGCUCUUUAUCUACAUACUUAGCAUUUCCAAAAUGUACAGGUUGGGGGAGAGGUCAGGAGGAGGAUGCGACACUGUUCAGGACCACUGGAAAUGUCAUGGCAGGUGAAAUGCUGCAUUUCAAUACACUGAACCAAAGCACAGCAGGUGUAUGGUUUCUCUUGUCAGACUGUUUGUCAAGUGCACAAAAAAAUUGGUAUAAGUAUUUUUCAGAUGGCAGCCUUCAUUGUGCAUGUGUGCUGCAGAGGCCUUUUUUCUUUUUUCUCUCAUUUCUGUUGACGCAUGAGACAAACUGUGUCAAGUUGGAGACAUCUUGUUGAGAUUUGUGUUGUCCUAAAAUAUUGAUGACUGUUCUUGACUUGGGAGACUGUGAUUUAUUUGGUGGUUUGUUAACAUUGUGAUGUUCAUAUUUGUCCCUGUGUUGAAAGUGUUAUUGAACUGUGUGAAUUUUGUGCUGCAACACUGACCAAGGUGGGCAGGAUAAUGGCAGUGACCUAAGUAAAAAAAAAGAAAGUUAAUGACAAACAAGAGUUGUUUUAUUGUGUUUUCGCCCCUCUGCUUGAAGAUAUUGCCAUGGCAAUAUGUGCAGAGGUCUGUCAUGUCAUCAUCUACCGUAUGUGCCAUAUAUUAUUUAAAGCAAGAAGAAGUUUUUUUAUGAAUCGCAAGGUUAUAGAACCUGAUGUUGGUUGAGUUGUCUGUAAAUUUUUUUUUAUUUAAUAGCAUCCACUUCUGAAAAUUCACCAUUCGGCACCCACUAGACUAUAGAUACUUAAGUAAUGUGAUUUUCCUGCCCUAACAGUCAAUUUCUAUUGACUGUCAGAUAUGGGACAUAUCGAACUUAUCUGUGAACCCCUGUGAGCUGACCAUGAAUGUUUGUUUGGUGCUCCCAGUACUUAUUGCAUAUUUGCUGUGAUGGUGCUGCUUUGGCCAGCCUAUCUUGCCAGAUGUGAUGCAUCACACUUGCCAAUAUGCUUUUUCAGCUUCCUGAAGCUGAUGCUGUAUGUUGACCUGCAUUAUAUAGCAGAUUCUACUUUUGUUGCUGAUUUCAAGCACGAGGAACAGAUUGGGGUACUGUAAUAUCUUGAUAAAGACUUGCACACUCCUAACCUUCACCACUCACAUUGGCACAGUGACCGUUAUAAGACAUACAAAAGUGUGUAUUGAUGAGGGCUUAGAAGUGGAAUUGUGAAACUGAAACCUGUAUCCCAAGGAAAGUGAAAAAUUAUGGUGGUUGAUAACAGCAAAGGCAUUUGUUCAGGUUGCGAUGCUAAAUGAAUAUUGCAGGAGGAAAAAAAAAAAAUCACAUGAAGUGUUGUGUAGGGCUGUGGAAACAAUGUAGAGGUAUGUGUUAGUCCUUUUUUGUCACAACAAAAAAAUGAAGUAAGACACUUCUAAUGGCAGAUAGCUUUCUCAACCUCUCUUGGUUGCAGUGAAGUACGAUACCCAUGCGCUGUGGCAACCAAUGCACAUAUGUAAAUUGGGCCACAGGACAGUAUAAUGUACCAAGCAUGGAUGCUGAAGCAUGGUAAAACUUGUGGUUUUUCAAGCCACCAUGGCUGCAUGGGGAGCAAUGGUCACUUUUUUCUUGUUCAAGUUUGCUUUGAUCUAUUUACAUUUGAGAAAAGGGCCAAGAAAAUUUCGAGAAAUAGUGUACAUUCUCUCGCAAGGAUGUGCACUGCCAAAUCCUGAUUUUCUUGAUAAUAAAGCCGCGUGUACGAAACUUGA